UUCUUCAGAAUUUCACAGGCUUAAUCAUCAUAACAGAGAAAAUGUCAGGUAUUCCUUACCAUCUCUUGCUCCUGUGUCUUGGGUUCUCUUUUGCUUAUGUGCUGAUGAAAGUCAUCCAAUUGUAUUACAAGAAACAAGCACAUCUUAAGGCUCUGGAGAGUUUCCCAGGUCCUCCACCCCACUGGCUGUAUGGUAACAUCCCCCAGAUCACCAGCCACAGAGAAGAAUUAAACAUUAUGUUGAAUUGGGCUGAGAAAUACCCCUAUGCUUAUCCACGAUGGUUUGGGGGAUUUUUAUGUUUCUUAAUCGUCAAUCAUCCUGACUAUGCCAAAGCAAUCUUUGGCAGAGGAGAUCCCAAGGCUAGAAUUAACUAUGAGAGUUUAACUCCUUGGAUUGGGAAAGGUUUGCUUAUCCUAAAUGGACCCAAAUGGCACCAGCACAGGCGGUUGCUGACACCUGCCUUCCACUAUGAUAUUCUGAAGCCUUAUGUGGCAAAGAUUGCAGACUCAACCAAGGUGAUGCUGGAUAAAUGGGAAAAGCUGAUCGCUCAGAAUCCCACAAAAUCUCUGGAGAUGUUUGAGCAUAUUAGUUUAAUGACUCUGGACAGCAUAAUGAAAUGUGCAUUCAGUUACAAGAGCAACUGCCAGACUGAAAGAGAGCUCAAUUAUUAUGUUAAAGCUGUAUCAGAUCUGACUUACUUAGCAUUUAAGAGAAUCACUUCAGGAUCAUUUCGAAGUGAUCUGCUCUAUCUAUGUACUUCAUCUGGGCGUCGCUUUAAGGAAGCUUGUAUGCUGGCACAUCUUCAUACAGAAAAAGUAAUUGAAGAGCGGAAAAAAUCUCUCCAGAAUGAAAGAGAGCUUGAAAAGAUCCAGCAGAAGCGACACUUGGAUUUUUUGGACAUUCUUCUUUGUGCCAAGGAUGAAAAUGGAGUUGGUUUGUCUGAUGAAGACCUCCGUGCUGAGGUGGACACGUUCAUGUUUGAGGGCCAUGAUACUACAGCUAGUGGGAUCUCCUGGCUCUUAUAUUCCAUGGCUCAGCAACCUGAACAUCAAGAGAGAUGCAGGGAAGAAAUCAAGGACAUUCUGGAGGAUCGUGAAGACAUUCAAUGGGAUGAUCUUAGUAAGAUGACAUACAUUACCAUGUGCAUUAAGGAAAGUCUACGCCUGUAUCCUCCAGUUCCAGGAGUGUCCCGACAGAUGAGCAAACCUAUCACUUUUUUUGAUGGACGCACUUUGCCUAAAGACUCUAUGGUUGCAAUCAGCAUUCACAGUAUUCAUAGAAAUCCAACUGUAUGGAAAGAUCCGGAGAUUUUUGAUCCUACAAGGUUUUCAGCAGAAAACUCAUCACGAAGGCAUCCUCAUGCAUUCAUUCCAUUUGCAGCUGGAUCAAGGAAUUGCAUUGGGCAGCAGUUUGCUAUGAAUGAGAUGAAAAUAGCUCUUGCUCUGAUCCUGCUUCACUUUGAAAUCUUUCCUGACCCAGCAAAUCCACCCUUUCCUGUCCCUCAGCUUGUCCUCAAAUCUGAAACUGGGAUACACCUAUUCUUAAAGAAACUCAAAUAAGAAACAGAGAAUUUUAUAUGAAGAAGGUCCUGUCAAAGCUGAAUGUCAGUGCCCAUUUCUGAAGAGAACUCUUGGACUUCUGCUGUUAUUUCUACUGCUGAUAGUUCUGCUGUAUAAGAACAUAAGAACAUAAGAACAUAACAUAUACUGAACAGGGCCACCCUCACUCCCACCCCUACCCCAGUCCAGACUCUAGGGCUGCGGGAGAGGUUGGAUUCGGUAUCUUGCUAUGUACCAUGGAGAUGAGCAGGGGGAUAUAUAGUGUUGGGAGGCAGAAAAAAUUGAUCAAAAGAAGGAGCAUUAGAUGCAUUAAACCUUCUGGUCUAGCUACCUCCCGGCAGAAUUUGAGGUGCCUGUCAGCUGUGGUGCUACUCUUGAAUGCCAGGUCAGUCCAAAGUAUAACAUCUCCCAUUCAUGACUUGAUCCUGGAUGAGGGGGAUGACCUGGCAUAUAUUACUGAGACCUGGCUGGGAGAUCUGGGAGGACUGAUUUUGUCCAGCUCUGCCCCCCAGAUUACUUGGUAUAGCACUGUUCCAGACCAAUGGAGAGGGGAAGGGGGAUUGCUGGUUUGCCAACUCAAGCCCCUUAUGGAAAGAGAUGAUCUGGCUACAGUAAUCCACACUCUAGUAAUCUCCAGAUUGGACUAUUGCAAUACACUUUACAUGGGGCUGUCCUUAAAGAUGGUUCAGAAGAUGCAGAUAGUGCAGAAUGUGAGAGCAAGAUUGUUAAUGGGCACUGCUGGCUGGACACAUAUGAUAUCAUGGUGGUCUUAGAAGAACUUAACUGGCUGAGUCCACUUCAAUAUAUUAUCUUUGACUUAUAAAACCUGAAAUUGCUUUGGCCCCAAAUAUAUAAAGGAACACCUUCUUCCAUAUCUGACUGCCUAUGCCCUAAGAUCAGUAGAGAAAGCCUUUCUGGUGGUACCACCACCAGCAUCAGUAGUAAAAAAAAGUAGUGACUCAAGAUAGGGCUUUUUCAGUACUGGCCCUGAAAUUUCCCCUGUAAGUUGCACAAAGCAAUCUUCUUGAUAUGUAUUCAGAAAAUUAUUAACUACAAACCUAUUUUCCCUGGCCUUUAGCUGUAGCAAUAGUUUCCCUCUUUCGUAAUAUCAAUUUUUAAACAGGCUUUAUGCAUUUUAACAGGUUUUAUACAUUUUAAAUAGGUUUGAUUGUUACAUGUUGUAAUUGCUUUUACAUUGUAUUGGAUUUUAUUACUUUUAUCACAUGUUGUAACCUGCCCAGGGAGCACCAGGCAUAGGGUUGGAUAAAAAUACAUACAUAUAUACAUACAUAAAAAUAAAUAAAUGGCUCAGAGCUAAUUAGCAGGAUUAAGGAAGAUGCCAGUUGCUGUGGGUCUCCAGAUGAAAGUCAGAGGUGCAGAUGGAGAUUGAGACUGGCCUUAAAGGAGAGGUGCCACUCAGCAAGAUUGCAGGCUAGACAUUACCCAGAGUCUUUGCAGGAGUAGUCCCAGGCAAGUAGCUUUGAUGAAUAAAAAAUCUUUGGCAAGAA